GCCGUAAACAGAAAAUUGCAGGAAGCCUUGCAUCUAAUACUGGAAAAUAAUUUGGAUCCGAUUUCAGCCCUGUCUAGUCUUUUAGAUUGUAAGAACAAACCGUUUGAAAAACUCAAACAUCAGUCUACCCAAAACAAAUAUUUUGUCAAACACUUUGGCAUGAUUGAGGCUGAACGCAUCACUCUCCCUGUUUAGGCAGCAGAUUUUGGUCGUCACAAAACUGGAAAGGAUCAGCAUUUUAAGCCCAAAAAGUACAUUUAUGUCCACAUUUUAAAGCAAUUGGAGAGGAUAUUAAAUUUUAAGGAUGUUUUAAGUGAAAUUAAUGAGGUUAAGACAAUUAAGCCAAAAGAAUAUUCUUUUUUUGAAAGUGGGCAAAUUUUUAAAACAAUUCCUUCUUUCAAACUUUCCCUAAUGCUUUGCAAAUUCUUUUGUACAUCGAUGAAGCUUCCAUUACUGCUGACAAAGGAAACCGUUCUAAGGAAAACAAACUUUGUUUUGUUUAUUGUUCCCUCGGCAAUCUUAAAAGAAAGGAUAGGUCAACAUUUAAAGCAAUCAAUCUGGUUGCAAUUUUUCGUAACACCACCGUGAAACAGUUUGGAUUAAAUGUUUUACUUAGGCCACUUGUCGAUGAUUUAACAAAAUUGGAAGAGGGUGUUUUAAUGCAUAUUUCUGGGAUCGAUCGCAUUGUUCAAGGAACUCUUUCAGCUGUUAUUGCAGACAAUCUCGGGAGUCAUCAGAUCGGUUGUUUUAAAAUUGGUUUUUCUAAAGGCUUUCGUAAGUGCAGAUUCUGUUUAGCCGUCGACGAUGACAUUCAAUGUUAUUUUCGUGAUAAUCAAUUCAUUGCCAGGGAUAAAAUACAGCAUGACCAACAUUGCGAUGGACUAUCUUUGGAAUCAAUAAAAGAACAUUUAGAACGAUUAUACGGAAUAACAGGGACUUCCAUUUUGAAUGAGCUCAGCCAUUUUCAUGUUAUUGGGGGAUUGCCACCAGAUGUUAUACAUGAUAUUCUAGAAGGGAUUCUUCCUUUUGUCAUUUCAAAAGUUAUCAUGUAUUGCAUUAAGUCAAAAUUUUUUACUUUAAAAACUUUGAAUCAUAUUAUUGAGAAUUUCAAUUACGGACACAGAGAAGUAAUUGAUAAGCCAUGCACAAUUGAUUAUUCACAACUCAAUAAAGGAAAGAUGAAUCACUCUGCCGUUCAGAUCUGGUUACUAGCUAUCAAUUUGCCCUUGAUGAUCGGAAAUUUUAUUGGUGAAUCAGAUCCUGUUUGGCAUUGUUUCACAACGCUUCUACAAAUUUCACGACUAAUUUUCUUAGAAUCAAUCUCUGAUUUCGAAAUUGUUAAACUUGGAUUGUUGAUCGAAGAAUUUUGUGUGGAUAAUAAAGUACAUUUUUUUCAAUCUUACAAAAGAGACGACCCCAAAUCCAAACUGAAAUGUAGCAUCAUACCAAAAAUGCACCAUCUCGUUCAUUACCCUCGAUUUAUUAAGCUACUAGGCCCACUUCAUUCCUUCUGGUGUAUGAGGUUUGAAGCGAAGCAUAGUUACUUCAAACAGCUUCAAAGAAAGAUAAAAAAUUUCAUUGACCCACCUUACACCCUAUUUAAGAGACACCAACAAUGGCAAUGCAACCAGUUUAGAUCUGCUGUAGAAAUGCUACUCCAGUCUCCUAUUCUGACGUCCCCAUAUAAAGUUAGAUUGCUUGAUGCCGUUGAUGUAAUGUUUCCUUUGCAGGGCAAGUCGCUUCUUUAUUGAAUUUGGAUAAACUUGAUGUGUCAUUGCGUGAGUAUAAGUGGAUAACCAUUGGGUCAAAUAAGUUUAAAGUGAAUGGAAGCCUUAUUGUAUGUCCAUUGUCAAAUAAUAUAAGUAAUGUCAGACAUCGAAGAGGUGCAUUUCGAGGUGCAUUUGGUUUAAUUACCCAAAUAUUUUAUAAUGAUAGCGAGUUCCUUUUUGUCUCCGAAGUUUACCGCACAGUGAGAUUUGAUCACCAUUUUCAGUCUUUCGAACAUGUAAAGAGAAAGGAUCGUUUCCAUUUUGCUUUGUCACCAACACAACUGUCUGAUUAUUCCGUUUACCAAUUGCAUAAACCAUGUUUUGAACGUACUACUCAUUUCUUUGUCCCUUCAAAAAGUGAAUUACGUCAUCUAGUUCUAUGAAUGAAAUAUAUCCAUUUAUAAAACAGCUUUUUAUGUUUUUUUAUUUUAGUCGAGAAUGAAAUUAUUUUGAGGGGUUUUUUCCACAAGUAAUUUGGGCUUUCCUUGCAAAUAGUAAAUUAGUUUU